AGCUGUUCAAAAAACGAAUGAUCCGAAUGCUCCUGGCCAAGUGUCUUUGACGAGGUCUCGGGUCGAUGCCGAUCACUGCGGAGCAGUUCGCCACGACCCUGGAGAACAUGUCCAGAGCUUGGGAGGGACUUCCAGAAGAACAUCGGCUCCCAAAGGAUGAGGAGAAGUCUUUCUACGACGACAGCCAGCAGACGUGCGAAGAGAUGAUCGCUCGAUGGCAUUCAGGAGAAUCUUCACAUCCCGAUAGAGAACUCUUAGCUGCCGAGUACCCAGCCACUGAAGCAGGCAUUCGACAGCUUCAGUUGGAUCUUUUUAGCCCCGACAUCAAGGACGAUCCUUUCGUCCAAGCAGCUGACUUGAAGCUGCGGCUCAUCAAGUACACUGGUCCGCCAAGAAAGUGAUGCGGAUGGUUCAAAGAUGUUCACAGAUUGUGAGGAUAGGUGGUGCUCGUUUCUACUUCCAAGUCACAGCUCCCAAGGGGUGCACAACAUUGCACAACCGUUACAUUGUCACCGUUGUGAAGUUGUGACCGUUUGUGACCGUCAUUGACAAAGUUUGAAGUCUAAAUUUGGAGCAUUGCUGGGUCAUUGCUGAGUUUCACAGGGCAAAGGACCAGGUGGCAUCAGGUGGCCCAAAAAUGAUCGCGUUGCGAGUUGAAAAACGGGUCCGAUCAUGACAUA